AUGGCUGACUUUAGCUACAUGGCUGGUCCUUUCUCCGUUCCUGCGCCUCCAGGCAGAGGACCGAUUGAUCCUCUCUUCGGCCUUCCCUUCACACCAAGCUUCUCAAAAUUCCAGCCGGAUCCAAUGGACUCCACGACUUCGCUGUCACCAUCACCCACAACUCUCUCCUCCAUGACCAGCUCUGCUACGUCGUCUGUUGUGGCGUUGAGCGAGAUCCUGUCGAAUCCACCACCAUUCUCACCACUCGAAUCGGUUGACAGUAUGCUCACAGUGAGUCCGACCUCUGAUUCAGCGACUCAGGGCGGGCCAGCGUUGGCUACUUCAGCGCCAUCGACGUCCCUCAUAUCGAUCCCUAGCCCUACCUUUUUGUUGGCCUGGCCCCAACCAACUACGAAGCUCCUGACCAUCACCAUGCCAGCAACCACUGCGAACAAGACCGUAACCACGCAAGUGACCGUUGCGGUAACCACUGCGAGCAUUUCCACCGUCACACUUCCAUUAUCAUCAUCAGCCACUUCCGCCGAGAACUUCACCACUCCUCUGCCAUCAGCAAGUGCUGUCGACGAUCCACUAGAUAGCAUAACCACUAUCACACACAUCAGUCAAAUUGCUAUCGGGCUGGUUUUUGGAAUCUUGUUUUUGACCGCAGCGUCGUGA